GUAUGCCUUGAGCACGAACCGAGUAAUGAAGGCAUCAGUGCCACAGCCGCCCACUGGGUCCAAAUUAAGCAGGGAAGGUCAUGAACAAAGAACGCAGUGACGGCCCAGCAGACAGGCUGACGCGACUGCAGGGAAACGAAGCCUGCCCGAGCCCGGGCAAGGACGGUGGCGCUCCCCGGGCCGGCUCGGAACGAAAUCCGAGACCUCGGCUCCACGGUCUCCCCAGCCGGCCCCCGGCACGCGAGCCUGACACGCCCUCACCCCGGGAAAACACCCGAAGCCAGGGAGCCGCGGGAGCGCGUGGACCCCGCACGCUAGGGCUGGGGGCGCCUGGGAGCUGCGACAAGCUCCGGAGGACAAAGGCGGCCUCGCGGCCUCACGCCGGCCUGGAAGAGAAACGCCUGGCGCCCCCGGGCGGCCGCGGCCUGGAGAGCCGGAAGAACGCCUCGCACGCCCAGCGCCGGGCCAACGGACGGUGCCAUCCACCAAUGGGAGGGCCCAGUCUGCGUCCGCGGGACCCGUCCGAGGGGAGAAGACGGCCGUCCCUGCGGCAAAUCAGAGUGGUCCCGAGGCCUCUCUGGUCACCACGGAGAUAGCGGGACAGUCCCUGUGAAACAGUGACGCCGGCUACACUGUGUCGCUCGCUCUCAGCCUCGGCCUUUCCCUCCCCGCCGCGCGCCGAGCCCUUCGGCCGCCCCGCCCACAGCCUUGUUAGGCCCGCCCCCCACGUGAAUGGACUGGCAAAGAUGUGGCAUUACCGAAGCUUAUUGGAUGCUUAGUGGCGUCACU